GGGCCCGCCCCCACGGCCUGGAGCUGCAGCGACCUCAGCAAGGCGGCGCGGCUGCUGGCGACGCCGCGACGCCAGGCGUCCUUCCACGACGAGGAGGAGAUGCGGCGCGUCUACUCGCUCAUCUACGACGUGUUCCGGUAUAAAAACAUCCUUAACCAGGCUCUAAUAAACGUGGCAUUUUUCGUGAAGUAUCCCCAAUUCCAGGAACGGGCGAACCACGUGUGGCUGCUGCUGUACGACCUGUACAACCGCGGGUUCGCCGACGUGCAGGACAAGGCGGUGCGCCAGAGGCUGUUCGCCGACUGCGGCCUCACCGACGUGGACUGCUGCCUGACGCAGCAGCAGGUGCGUCUGGGCGCCGCCAUCGCGCGCAUCAGGAUCAAGAACAACGCGCUGAAGCUGUCUCAGCUGCUGCCCACACAUCUGCGCGACGAGAAGGUGGUGGCCUUGGACGAGGCGCCCGUCACCGGCUGGGUCAACUCCUUCCUGGCGACGUGCGAGGACGUGGGCGAGCUGGUGGAGCGCGCCGGCCUGCGGCCGUCCUGCGGGCGCCACGGCUGCCCGGAGGAGUGCGAGUACCGCUGGGACCACGUGUGCCCCGGCUUCCUGGCGUGCCACCCGGCCCAGCGUGUCGCCCUGGCGCAGUCGGAGCUAGUGCGGCAGUGCCACGUGGUGCUGCAGGACCGCGCCUUCUGCCUCGGCUCGGCGGCGCUCGCCCGCAUCGUCGCCGACCUGCAGCUCUCGGGCACCGUCGUGCAGACCCACAUCAACUCCCCGCGCACCACCGCCUACCUCGCCUGCCUCCUGCACUGCAACGACCGCAUCGACACGCUGCUUGCCUUCGGUGCCGGUGACAGGAAGCAGGAGUACGAGGAGUACCUGCAGCAGCUGGACGUGCGAAAUGCCGUUGUGUACGCCGAGCGCUUCGUCGACACGACGGCGGAUCUUCUGCCGCGGCUGGAGGGCGUGUGCGCCGUGCUGGCGUCGCCGCCCAACACGUACUCGGGCGUGGUGGACCCGGUGGACCUGGUGUGCUCCCGCGGCGGCGACCUCGCCAUGCUCGAGGUGCUGGCCGACCCGGAGUCGGGCAGCCGCGACUGCGUCAACUCCAUCCUGCAGGAGCAGCGGCACACCUUGCAGCUGUCCAUGUCACAGCCCCAGGUGCAAGUGGUGCUGUACGAGACGCACUCCAUCGUGGCGGCGGAGAACUGCGACAUGGUGGCGCGCCUGGUGGCCGAGAUGAACGACGCGGCGCGCUGGCGCCACGUAGAGGAGUGGGAGUCAGAGGACUCUCCCCCGCCGCGGCCCGAGGACGUGGUGCUCCCCGACUGCGACCUCUUCCAGCUGGGCGAGCUGCCCGACGUGUGCGGGGAGUGCUUCAGGCUGGACGACGAGGGCUGCUACCUGGCGCUCAUCAGGCGCAAGGAGAUAACUCGGCUGGACGCCAAGUACAUGAUCAAGAUGGCGGAGAUGCGGGGCCUGUUCGGUGGCGGCGAGCGGGGCGCCAAGCGCUCCACGGCGUCGGGCCGGGCGCAGCGCAAGAAGACCCGGGGCGACGACGAAGACGAGGACCGCCGGCCCCGGCGGUCAGGCCGGCGCGGCAAGGUGCAGCUGGAGCGCCUCUGCGCGCCCACGCACGCGUCCAUGAUGCGGCAGACGCUGUGCCAGAGGGCGGAGGCCUGCUGCGGCCGCCACCACCAGGUGCGGCGGGACGCGAGGCGGUGGUGGCGGGAGGCGGCUCUAUACGCCCUGGGCUCCAGGGAGCAGCCGCUCAGGCUCUCGCGCACGAGCGUGCGUCGCCGGCCGCCAUUCCCCGUGCACGUGUGCGUCGUGGACAUGGGGCAGUGCGCGUGCUAGGCUCCCUGACACACGUCCCUGAAUGCCGUACGAGCGUACAACCACGACGAGUCCAUAAACACAGGGAUGCUGAUGCAUAGAAAGAAUUUAGUCAGAAGCACAAACGUACACAACAGGCGACAACAAUCAUAAAGUUGCACCAAGAACAGUGUAAACCAGCAAUGACAUAUGUCCAUUGCAGGAAGCAUUCAAAGAACAUACUCCAGUCGACGCCAGACAAUAGUAUGCAAGCAUCUGGAGAACACUAAGCCAUAAGGAAUCAUUGCUACUUCAUUGACAGAAUUUUAUUUGUAAAAAAAGGCCACACUGGUUUGCAGUUAUAGUCACUAUUCACGAUCAUGUGUAUGUAAUGACCUUGUUAGCCAAUGUAGUUGGGAUAAGAUAUUCUGGUGGCAGUAUCUAAAAAAAAAAAAAGAGCAGUUCAUAUGGUUCAACGAAGCUCCAUUCACUUUUUCUUGUAUGUCCAAAAAAAAACUACUCAGACUUAACAAGAUGAAUAUGUGUCACUGACCACAAGCCCUGAUCACACGUGUGAAUUGAAAUGAACUUAGAGCAAUGCAUGUGUUAAGCAUUUGUGUUGGAAUUAGACAGCAGUGUAGCAGCACAUGCCGACAAAAGGUACUCCUAAUGGUAUCAUCUGUUUCCCAUAUGUAAUGUGCUGUGGGCUUCAAAACACACAUGCUCUCAAUUUAUGUAGUAAGUAGUCUUGUCAACCAAACAAUGUUGACAUUCUUGGGGCAAAAUCUAACAUAAAGUGGUGGCGAAUCUAACAGCAUUACCAAUAAUCCAUGAAGAGUAUGCUCUGGGUUCCAAAGAACCUGCCUUCAUGUUCGGGAGGAUAGUAGUUCCUAUCACUGCUGUCUCUGUGCAAGUGUGUGGUUGACCUUGUAUUCAUGCGCUACCAGUUGGGGUUAGCUAUUGCUUCCUUACGUUUAUUGUGCCUUAAUAAUUCAAAGAGUUCCUUGAAUUUUCAGUUCAACUAACCAUGCACAAAAAAAGCUCCAACAAAAGACUUUUAAACAUAUCAUAGGUGUUCAGCUAAGCCUAGUUUGGUAGUUUUUCAGCAUAAAGAGUAUACUUCACCGUAUAGUUCCAAAGUUCUUGGGCAAUGUAGACACAUGAAAUGUACGCGUACAUGUUGGUGGUUUAAAAUUAUUUAAUAACGUAGUCACGAAGCAAGUAUUUCCAACCAUUUCUCUUUGAAGACUUGAAAGAGUAUGUACUCUGAUUGCGAUGUAACUUUCGAAAACAAGGACAUACUAGUUUUGAAUGUAAUGCGAUGACUAAAAUUAUUUAUGACGCAGUAAAUAAAAAAAAAAAACUUAAUAGCUAGAUAAAAAUAUAUUUUAGU